AUGACCAAGCACAGCUUCAUGGACACCAUCCUCAACCGGCCCUCCCAGAGGUACACCGAACCCGUCCCCACCAAACCCUCCCGCCAUGCUGGCCACGCGCCCACAGACCUCCCCAAUGCGCCCAACAAGCCAGACUCCAUCCUCGCCGGCAACAUGUUCAGUGCCAACGGCGCAGGCUCCCUCAGUCGCAACGGCGGCGGCGGCGUCUACAGCCAGGCUCCCUCCGUCAUGUCCGGCAGGAGCAACACAAGCCGAUUCAGCAUGUUCGGUCGCAAAAAGAAUCGCGCCCCUUCCAUCUCGGGCGCCAGCAUCUACCACGACGGCGCUAGCAGCAUCGCUCCUUCCGAAAUCACAACCAGCCCCAGAAAGGGAAGAUGGUGGGAGAGCGGCUCUCGCAACAAGUACUCCUCCAGACCACCCAGCGUCGCCGGCAGCGUCUUCUCCGAACCCGAAGCAUCAGGACCUCCCGGCUUCCCAUACAUUUCGGACUCGCUCAAGGCCUCCGCCCCUCCUCGUGGCGCACGCAGCGACUACGGCGCACCCACAUCCAGCAGGAUUCGCUACUCUUCCCACCCUUCCCAGCCGCCCAUGCCCUCGCUUUCUAGCAAGGCCUCCAUGUCCGCCUUGAAACGACAGUCCGGAGUGGCUCCCUUAGGCCAGCAGCAGCCCAGCCUCAUGCGCCAGGCUUCCGCCACCUCCCUUACCCGCUCCACUGCCUCCCAGCUCGCUUCCACAACCGAUCUCAACCGUCCAGUCAGCCCUGCCGCCUCCAUGGGUCGCUCCCAAUCCACAAGACGCGCUCCUGCUAAUGGUUCCAACGACUGGAACUCCUUCGUCAAGUCCAUGUCUGGCACCGACACCGCAAAGGUGUGGGAAAGCAUGCCCACCCUCGCUCCCAAGCAGCCCCGCAACCCCGAGAAGCGCAGCAGCAUGGUCGCAAGCCGCAUCAAGAAGGAGCUCGAACAGGAUGCACAGUUCCAGCAGGUACAGCGCGAUCCCGGCGUCGUCCAGCAGGACCUCCUCGCGCGCGCGGCAUCCCAGGUCAUCGGCGACAUGCCUCCCACACCCGUCUCGCCCCUCUCGGGGCCACAGGUCGCUGCCGUUCAUCUCCAGCCCGGCCAGAUCGUCGCGCCCAUCUCGCCCGUCUACUCGCCCGUCGCCUCCACCUCCUCGGUCAACGUGGCGCAGCAUCCCGCCUCCAUGUCGCUCCACGCCGCUGCCGUCAUGUCCGACACAGACCUGCCUCCGCAAGCCAUGCUGCCUCCAGGCGUGGUCGCCGCAGCGCCCGCUGCCUUCUCUCCGGCGCAGUCACCGCCGCCUCCUCAGCCCCAGCAAGUAGUGUAUGUCCCUGUUCCGGUCGCACAGCUCCCGCACGCGCAGGCCAACUUCGCAACGGCACCUCAGCAAUACGCUCAACCAGCCACUGCAGCAGUCGCCCAAGCGCCAGCUUUGCCUCCUCAGAGUCCCACGCAGACUUACGCGCCCGUCGCCGUGGCCGCGCCUCGUGCCGCUGUGCAGCCUGCCCCGACGCAGUACGCCGCUCAACCGUCAACCGAGCUAGCGUCCUCCAGCUCCACCCCGCCGCCUAUCGCUGCUGCUGCACCACCCACCACGGCGCAGUACCUCGCAGACCGCAUCCAGGAGCAAGAGGAUGCCGACGAGGUCGAGGCAGUCGCAGAGCAGGCUCCGUCACAGCAGGCCACGCCGGAAGAGACAGAAGAGUCGGAAGAGUCGGACGAGUCCGAAGAGUCCGAAGCGUCCUCCGACGAGGGUCUCGUGGGCGGCGGCCAGCCUACGCUUGACGUCGUCGCCGAAGAGGACGAAGAUGGCUCCAGCAUCGGUCACAACCACCGCGAAAUGCUCUCGCACAACUCCGUCAAAGGCAAGGGUCCCAGAGCGAACUACCAAGAAUUCGAGGCAAGGCUGCAUCGACGACAGGCCUCCAUGCAGAGUCAAACCGACGCAAGUGAAGAUGCUGCGGCUGCGGCCAUCUCGGGCGUCAGCAUCCACGUCACCGAGCCUUCCGCCGCUGGCCACACCAACGCCGAUGCCGCUGCAGUUCAGCCAGAGUCGCUGCCCCCACAGCUCGCCGUGGACGCUCAGAGGCCGCAGCUCGUCUCUCGUGCAUCCGAGUUCAGCGAAUACCAGUCGGCCACGAGCGGGCGCAGCUCUCCCGUUGCCAAGGAGGCAGCCGACGAAGCCAACAGCGAGGCAUCUCCGGUGGCAUCCAUCGCAAGGCCACGUGUGCGCACAAAGCCAUCGACCGAGAGCAUUUCGGCAGACACGGCUUCCAUCUCUCCUUCCCAGCGCCGCACCAACCGCGCCUCGAAAGCAUCCCGACCAGACACCGCCCAGCGACGUCUCAGCGAAAUCAGUCUCGGCACCUCCUUCGCCGUCAGCGGCAUCCUCGGACGCUCCGGCUCCUCCAUGCGUCAGAACGGCGACGACGACUCGGAUGUGGACGCAGACCUCUCCGACGACGACGCCGAGCUCAGGGCAAAGUCGCUCGCAGAGCAACAGCGUCUACGCAAGAUGAACCUUGGCGAGGACUUCUUCGGUCCCUCCAUCUCGAACAUGCUCGACAGAUUCGACCGCUUUGAUCACUCCGAUACCACUGUCAACAAGCUCGUCCCCGAGAGCGAGCAGCCUGUCGCGGCCCCGGCCUCGGCUUACAAGAGUGCUCCGAUCACCACUUCCUCCGCGCCCGUUGCUCGUUCCUCGGACGCAGUGGAUACCGAGACCGAGAGUGCCGUCAUGGAGGUGCGACAAAAGCGCGCAGAGGCCGCCGCUGCCACUGCUGCCGACGGCAACAAGCGCAACAGCGCCAGCACCGACCUUGCGCCGAGCCUCGCAGCUGUCUGGCUGCUCAACCAGGCCAAUGGCAGCGAGGGCGCAGACCAGCAAGCGGCCGAAGAUGCCGGCGACGUCACCCUUACAGAACCCAAGACAGUCGACGCUAGCGACUUGGCCGAACCCAAGGUGUCGGUGCUGAAUCGCCCAAGGCCCAAGGCGAAGCGACCCACCGAGAUGGGCGGCCUGCUCAUCUCUCAGGGUAGACUUGAGCCCGAGUCGCCGCGACGCCCCGCUGAGGAUACACGCAGCACCUUGCCCGCGUCGCUCUCCCAGAACAGCCUGGCGAGCGCAGCAUCGGCGCCGUCGGCAGGGCACAGCAGCCAAGCAACGCCGAUCAAGGCAGCUCCCGUCGCGCUUGGCAAGGACAAGACUUCGCUCAUCCAGUCUACACCCAAGGCAAAGCCUAGCCGCUCCCUCGCCGAUACCCUCUUUGGCAUCCAGUUCCGUUCGCCCAGCAAGGACAAGAAGGAAAAGAAGGAAAAGAAGGCGAAGAAGGACAAGCACAAGCGCGACGCCUCCGUCGACUCGAUCGGAUCCAGCUCGGUCAAGAGCGAGCGCUCGUCUCUCGCCGAGUCGGCCAAGGAUCGCACCAGUGCCGAUUCGACACGCGUAUCUGCCGCUGCUGUGCCCGCCUCGCCCUCGGCCAAGGCCUUGGGCAAGCAGAAGGCGGACGUCGCUCCAGUACCACAGACAGGCGCGCUGGUGGCCUCCGAGACCGUUGGCCAGUUUGCGACUCCGCCGCAGAGCAUGGCUAACCUGCAGGGCGUCGCAGGUGCCGACGUAUCGCCGGAAAAGUUCCACACUGCCUACGAUCUCAAGGCUCUGGCAGACACGGCGGUGCCCGUCUACCCGACCGAGCUCCAAAACGCAGCCUCAGCACACGUUGCAGCACAGACUCCAGCACAAGUCGUGCCGCAAGCAAGUGCCGCCGACGCGCGCCCUGCUCAUCAGCGCAAUCUGUCCGAGCAGAUGAAGGGCAUGAACGGCUUUGGCUCCUUCUUGCUUCCCCAGCUUGACGCGCCGCAGCCAAGCGCACCUCUCGCGGAGGGGCAACAGGCGGCUCAGCCUCAGGCGACCGCGGACGUGGAUGGCGCUGCGCCCAAGACCAACGGCGCUGUUGCCGAAGCACAGCUGGCAGUCCCUGCCCAGGACAGCCCGGCAGCAGAGACGGUGAGCGCCGCAACGAGUGCUCCGACCUCAUCGGAAGCGAGCGUGGCAAGCACAAGUCUCACCUCGCCCGAUGUCGUGGAUGGCGCUCCAACCCAGAAGCCCGUCGCAACCGAGGUGGGCGAGCGUGCCGUGCCUGCGCCGGCUCUGCCCGUGCAGCAGGUCCAGCCGCACCCCGAGGCGCUCAGCGUGGCCGAAAAGAGGCUGCCCAUGCCGCCGCCGCCGGACAUGGACGAUGUCAUGGCGGUACCGCACGACGACCGCACCCCCACGGGCAAGCCUCAGCAGGUGCCGGGUGUCGGGAUCAACCUCAUCCCGCCCACGCCACCGGCGCUCGAGACGCGCACCUCGUUCACAUCGUCGCGCGUGCCCGGCACACCCACGAUCGAAGAGUCCGAGGACGAGGUGGCACCGCAGCGCCCGCCGCUCAUGUCUCGCUCUUCGAGCCAGCGCACCGCGGUCAGGGCGGACUCGAAGCCCAGCGGAUCCUCCGACAACCUCGUUAGGUCCAAGUCCAUGGCGCCCACCAAGAAGGGCGUCUGGACCGAGUACAAGGGCAAGGGCCUGAGCUUGCCGCCUGGCCUCGUCGCCACGACCAUCGACUCGUCCGUGCUGCGACGCAUGAGCAUGAACGACAAGAAAUCGGCUCAGGCGGCUGCACCUGCCACUGUCCAAGCUCCACUGGCCUCAGCUCCCUCGAGCAAUGCCGAGUACGCCCUUCCUGUGGCGCCAGUCGUUGGUCAAGUGGUGCCUGUGGCGCACGCGGCGAUCGUCGAGUCUCCGCAGCGUCCCGUGCGUGCCACGCCAUCUCCGAGUCCCAAAUCGAAGCGCCGCAGUGGCUCUCCUGGCGCGAUCCCGCACUCGUCGUCGAUGAGCAAGAUCAUGGCCGAAGCGCCGCCCGUGCCGCCCGUUCCUGUCGGCUACCAAGGCAUGACUGGUGCUCCGUCCGUCUCGAGCUCGUCGUCACGGCUGUACGCUCCGAGCGUCGCAUCGUCGGAGCCCGGCUGGGACAGCCGCUCGGUGUCGCCGGCGCCGAGUGCGGUGCCGAGUCAGUCUGGACGAUCGGUGGCGUCGCACGUGUCGAGCAGCAUCCACUCUUCGGUGCGCGGCAGCCCGAGGCCCGAGGCGACGUACGUCAACCACCACGAGCUCUCGCCGUACGCCAAGAAGAUGCGUGCGCUCUCACCGAGCCCCGUCAUGCCGACGCUCGCGCAGACGGGCAACCGCCACUCGCUCAUGUCGGCGAUCAACGAGUGGGAGAGCCAGGUGCCCGAGGGCGAAGCCACCGGCGUUUCGCCCUAUCCAUCGCGCCCGACUUCGCCGCACCCGUAUCCGCCGCUGCCGGCUUCGACCGUGUCGCGCAGCAGCUCGGUGAUCAGUGCGGUCAGCUCGCCGGCGGUGGUGCGCAACGCGCCGCUCGGCGCGGCGACCAACCAGUACCUGCACCCGCCCGUGGCGAGGUCGCGCAUGUCGGUGGACGGAGUCGGAAUGCCCUCGGUCGCCGAGUCGGUGGCCGAGUCGCUCAGCCCGCCGUCGAUCGUGGGGCGCGGAUCGGGCGCAAGCUCGGCGAGCUCGUCGCCGUCGGCAUCGCAGUCGGUGAUCAGUCUGACGAGCACGAUCCCGACGUCGAUGCCGACGGUGCCUACGAGCUACCGACCGAACAAGGAUCCGAAGCGAUUCAGCUCCAACGUGGACGACCUGCUGAACAACCGCACCACGAUGCAGACGGUGGCGGUGACGAGCGGCGCGUUUGCGGGCAAGAGCAAGGUGGCGAGGCGCAAGCGCAGCAGCGUCGACCUGAACGGCGAGCGUCGCAGCUCGAGCGAUGUGCCCGAGCAUCUGCAGGACGAGCUGUCGCUGACAACGCUCUCGAUCACGGCGCACACGCCGCCGCCACGCAAGAUCGGCAGCCACCAGGUGCUGGUGCAGGUGAUCGCGGUGGCCAUCGACGAGACGGACAAGCUGCUGCUGCGCGAAAAGGUGCGCGGCGACAAUGCGUUUGGAUUCGUGCCUGGCCGCAGCUUCUGCGGGCGCAUCGUCGAGUGCGGAUACGAGGUGAAGAAGAUGCGCAAGGGCGAUGUGGUGUUCGGGCUGCAGGAUAGCCGCAAGUCUGGUGCGCUGGCCGAGUUUACCGUGGUGGAUCACAACCGCAUCUGCCAUGCGCCGAGCGACUGUUUGACCACCGAGCAGAUUGCAGCGCUGCCUUCGGCGGGCGUGAUGGCGCAUCAGUUGGUGCACAAUCACUGCAGCCAGCUGCCACGCGGUGCGCGCGUGCUCAUCCUCAACGCGCACGACGGUGUCGGACUGCUGACCAUGCAAGAGUCGGUGGGGCUGGGGCUGGUGAUUGUGGCGCAGUGUCCGCCGAGCGUAUCGGAUGGUGUGGCAGUGUGCCAGGCCAACGGCGCACACGAGGUGGUGAUCGGCGAGCCACUGUGGGCGAUCAACUCGCUGCACGAGUCGUCGUUCGACCUGAUCGUAGACACGGUGGGCGGGCGCAAGAUCUACGAUGCGUCGCGGCGCAUCCUCGCGUGCGACGGACAGUUCUGCACGUGCUUUGGCGACGAACACGGCACCGCCAACCCGAACCUCAAGAGCCACUUCCGCAGCCUGCGCCGCGCGUUCUUCAAGAAGGACAAGAAGAUUAUCGGCUACGAGUGGGUCGGCGUCGAUACGGGCGAGGACUGCAAACAGGCGCUCGAGGCUGUGAAGCGCGCCGCCGAGUCGGGCGACAUCUGCCCCAGACUCCGAAGCGUCCUCCCCUUCGCCGAUGCGCCCAGGGCCUUCGAUCCCACCACCAGGAACGUCAAUGACGAACCGGGCGCCAUCGUCGUGCGUGUCUCGUAG